UGUAUCACACCCACACCACACCACCAAUGACAACAGCAACAGAAGUCAAGCUGCUCACGCUGCUGAACGUGAGCGCGAUCAAGCGGCCGCGCGAGGGCGAAAAGCCUGGCGGAUUCCGGAGCCCGACCGUGUCGCGACAGCAGAGCGUGGACGGGGAGGCUCCUACGCCUUCAAAACGGCGGCGGAGCGUCGUGUUCGGCGGCGAGCUCGGCCCCAGCGGGAGCACGUACGGGCAGAACGGCAAGAAGGCCAAGGGAAAGGGCAAGGCUGCUGAGCCUGUCGCUGCGGCGGCCGUGGAGAACGAUGAGGAGGCCGGCGAGCCCGACGCCGAGCUCGAGGCCGACUCGGACGACGAGGCAGCCAACGACGACGACACGUUCAACACACAUUUCGGCGCCGCGCCAAGCGUCCUCACUCCCGCGGCUGUCGCUGCUGAGGCCGAGCACAAGUGGGUGACGAGCCGGACGAGCCUGCGAGGCCUGGGACGGGUGGUGGAGCAGCGUGUCGGCGAGGCAUCAGACGGCAAGGCAAGGCUCACGCCCGCCAUCGCCACCGCCAUGGCCUCCAAGCCGCUGGCGAGCACGUACCUCUCCCAGCUGGGCGCCUACACCGACCUGUACGCGCACAGCCUGGACGGCGAGGCGGACGGGUCGGAGAAGGGCGUCGGCAAGGCCAAGCACCGGGAUGCGCUGCGCGCCGCGGCAGCCGCGCACGCGAUCAACCACGUCCUCAAGACGAGGCGGCGCAUCGUGCGCAACAACGAGAAGCUCGCGCGCGCCGCCGCAGCCGCCGACGCCGAGGCGCCCGAGCCCCCGCGCGACCAGUCGUUCACGCGCCCCAAGGUGCUGCUGUUGCUGCCUCUGCGCUCGCUCGCGCUCGAGUGGCUCGAGAAGCACCUCUUCCCGCUCGCCGGCGAGGGGACGCAGAUCGAGAACCUCCGCCCGUUCACGUCAUCCUUCUCUGUGCCUGCGGACGAGGACCCGCUCGCGGGCACCAAGGCCGAGGCCGACUUCCCCGUCGACCACCUGGAAAACUUCCGCGGCAACUCGGACGACAACUUCCGCUUCGGCAUCAAGCUGACCCGCAAGGCGUGGCGCGUCGUCAUGCCCCCCGUCAACGAGGCCAAGCUGAUCGAGUGCGACAUUGUCAUUGCGUCCCCGCUGGCGCUCAAGAUGGCCGCCGAGCGCGAGGACAGCACCGACGUGCUGAGCAGUAUCGAGAUUGCCAUUGCCGAUGGGCUCGACGUGCUGCAGAUGCAGAACUGGGACCACGUCCAGUUCGUGUUCAAGCACCUCAACGAGAUCCCCAAGUCACCGCACGGGUGCGACUUUUCGCGCGUCAAGCCGUGGUACCUCGAGGGCCAGGCGCGGCUCUUGCGCCAGACGCUCCUGAUGAGCCGGUACGACGCGCCCGAGUCGCGCGCGCUGUUCAACGGCUGUGCGAACGUGGCGGGCAAGGUGCGCGUCGACGCGAGCGCGUCGCUUGCGGGCGUGCUGGACCGUGUGCGCCCCGGUGUGCGCCAGAUCUUCAACCGCAUCGACGUCGACGCGCCGCGUGGCGCCGCCUCGCUGUCGCCUGAGGCGGCCGUCGAGGAGGUCGACGCCCGCUUCGAGCACUUUACGAAGAAGACCAUCCCCGCCCUCCUCCGCUCCGCCGUCUCGCGCCAGAACACGCUCGUCGUCGUGCCCUCCUACUUUGACUUUGUCCGCGUGACAAACUACCUCCGCAAAGCCGACAACGUGUCGUAUGCCGCCGUGUCAGAGUACUCCUCCAACGCCGAGAUCUCGCGCGCCCGUACGCUGUUUUUCAAGGGCAAGCGCGCGCUCCUCGUCGUCACGGAGCGUCUCCACUUCUACCGCCGGUACAAGCUCCGUGGCGCCAAGACGCUCGUGUUUUACUCGCUGCCCGAGCACGCCCAGUUCUACUCCGAGUUCCUCGCCACGCCAUUCAUCCCCUCGCGCGAGGCCGAGGCCGCCGGCGCCGACGCAGACGUCGACCCAGCAGAAGUGUCGGCCAUCACCCUCUUCUCGCGCUUCGACGUGCUCAAGCUUGAGCGUGUCGUCGGACACGACGACGCAAGGCGCAUGCUCGCCAGCACCGAGGCGCGUUUCGAGUUUGCCUAAGUAGAUGGUUUCAGUGUGUUUAGUUUUCCAAUCCCAGCAACAUGUACAAUGCACUAUACGUCACAAAUGCAAUGCAAACCG